ACGACAUAGAGUAUCAGGCGGACCGACAGCGCAACAGUUACGGCCUCCGCGCUCACUCUGAGCAUUGCGACAAGUCCCAGCUGUCAUUACGGCGCAAGAGGCACGGACUCAACAACAUUCCUUUCCAACAUCCCUCGUCACCUCAAGAGUGGAGCAGUGGAAGAUGGAGGACCUCAAGACGCCCUUGGUUUCCACCUACUCUCAGGCAGGCGCCUUUGCCGAUGCCUUCAGUCAGGCGGGCCACCUCGCGGCACCCGAGCAGAAUGAGUCAAAGGCAGAGAGCGACUCGGUCGAAGCCAUCGCUAGACGCAUACCGAGACUGCGAGACGCCGACGAUCCCUUGAAGCUUACGCCUCUUCGGGCCCACUAUCUCAAAAAGACGUUGGUCAAGCUCGAAGUGGAUCGAGAACUCAAAUAUCUGUCAAGCAGCGAUGCGCUCUCGCUCCUCGGCCCGCCGUUCCGACCAUCACAGAGCAGCCAGGGCGUUUCGCUGCCCUUUUUGAGGUUUCUUUUCCAUCACUUUGUCCUCACGUUUCCCUUCUUGCGUUCGGCGCCUCCCAACUUCUUCGCCGACAAGGUGCAAGUGUUCUACGACCGCUUCCUCGAGCGCAACAUCUCAGGGACAGACGACCGUGAUGAAGCAACGAAGCGCAGACGCAUCACUGGCAAGGCGAGCAAGUGGACAGUACUUCUCAUGGGCGCUGCUAUCCACGUCAAGGGUGGCCAAGGCAGCGAGGAAAUUUUGCGAAUUGCUGAGCAGGACCGUGGCCGUAUGAUUGCGGCCCAGGAGCGCCUGAGGGCCACGAUGCCUGGGCAUCAAGGACCCUUUCCCAACGCUCCAGGUGCCGGUACAUUUGACGUCAAUGUCAUCGGUGUCCGUACAAAGACCACGAAAAAAGGUCGGCUGGGGAGAACGAGACAUCACGACGAGUUUAUCAUUCGCACCAGGAGACCUAGUCAGCCGGACCAUUUUGUCAGUCGGAGAUACGGUGAUUUUGCGAGGUUGGCCGAUACACUUCGCAUGGAGCACCCCGACGAGGGCAUCAGAAGGCCCCCGGGCAAGGACCGAAGGGAGACAGAGGUCAAGGGCCAUCUGCACACGAGUGAAAGCAGCCUCGACGGCAUCAAUGAACAGGAAGUUGUCAACAGCACUACGCCUCAGAUUGGGAAAUUGGCUCUCGACGAGAGCGACUCAUGGACUGGUGGAGAGAGCGACGGACGGUCAAGCAUCGAGGCAGGCGCCUUUUCACCGCCGCACCGCCCGUCCAGUGUGCCGCCUGUGCGGCCUGUUCCAAGUUCACCUCAGAGUAGAACGUCGCACGCGAGCGUGCCUUCGUCGCCCAAUCUCGGUGCUCAUGCCAUGCCAAAAGGACCGCUGGCCAGGGAGAAGAACCGACUUACGCUGCGUGCCUAUCUUCGAUCCCUCCUGUACAAUCCCGCCAUCUCCGAAUCGCCUACGCUCUACUCUUUUCUCCUCAGCGACCCUACGACCUUGAGCCGCGAUGAGGAGCGCGACUGUUUGGCCCGCGAAGCCCUGGAUGCGAUACGUGAUGAUGAGGCGUCGAGAUUCAAUAACGAGGCCAGCCGGAGAGUGACGGAGUUGCGUGAGCAUCUCGACGCUUUCAAGGCCGACCUGAUCCAGCGCGAUGGCCUCACACGAAUCUUUUCCACCAUCAAGGCUACGCCCAAGGUUGAGGAUCUUCCCGAAAGCUAUCGAGCGCUGCUCUCGUGGGGCCGCAUCACGCUCGCCUCGACGCUGUUCAGCAUCUUUGUCGGCAGCGAUACCUCGUCGGACCUCUUUGCACAGCUAAAACGGAUCCAUGGAUUGAUGCCUUACUUUGUCCUCCGGCAAAUUCUUCGCAUUUCCAAUCCUGUCGCCAUGGUCCGCGCUGUGCUCGAUGUCUUUCUGGCCCAGCCAUUUGGCCAGCGCAGCCUCUUGCAGCGAAUGUUCACGAGCAACUUGCAGGAAGAGGCGCGUGAGCUGGGCGAGCUGGCCAAUAGCGUGGCCUCAAAGGUGGAGGACGACGGCCUUUGCGAGCGCAUCCGUUGCUAUGUCUAUGCGCCAGUCGAGAUUCAGACGAUGCUCCGAGAGGAGGCGGAGCGAGAACGACUGGACCUCAUGACGGCCAUUCUCCGGACGGACAAGCUUCCUGCAUACAGCUCCACAACGGCCCCUCCCGAAGCGUUGACCAGGCAGCAGGUCCAUCGUGUCGUGAGAAGUAGCCGGGCCUACGAGCUGUACAAGGAGUACCGAUCUAAUCUUGGACGCGACGAUGUCGACGAAGGCCCGGGCGCCGUUGACGAGGAAGGCUGGCUAUACGAAGAUCUGCACGUUCUCCUCAAGUGCCUGACAAGGCUUCGAGACAAAGAGCAGCUCAUCAGCCUUGUCUUUGAGGGCGUCACCUCGGACCUCCUCAAGGACAUUGUCACCAUAUUCUACUCUCCGCUCGCCCAGGUCUACAAGGCGGCCAACAUCGCCGACAGCUUGAGUGAUCUACAGGCCUUCAUCAAUGACCUUAUCAAGACCGUAGAAGCGAACGAGGAGCUGAGCUAUACAGAUCCGGGCAAGACUGUUCAGAUCUUCAUCGAUCUUGUUGCGCGACACGAAGGGCGAUUCUACUCGUUCGUACACCAGGUACACUCAAAGGGCUCGGGACUUUUUGACGGACUGAUGCACUGGAUUGAGCUCUUCAUCAACUUCAUCAGAGGCCCCGAUAUGGAGGGUGUCUCGACGGGCUCGCAGCGCAGAGGCAUCGGCGAGGUGGAUCUUGAGAUCUGCUUGCCGGCUGGCGGUGAGGAACGGCGAAAGGCAUUGGCGGAAAUUGAUGCGGUCGUGGUGCACGCGUACCGGCUCAAGAUGAUUCGGGAGCUCAAGAUGAAGCGAAAGUUGGCCGAUAAGCAGGUCGAAGGAGCUGCCAGCAAGCUUCUUGGCGGACCUCAGUCGCAGCUUGGCUUCGAUCCAGAUGAUGACACGGCCUUCGUCUCGGCCAUGGUAGAGAAUCUCGGCGUUGGUGAUGCCUUUACGGAUGAAGUAGAGGAGGUGGAAGCCGAAGAGGACGCAGAAGACGCCCACGAGGGAGCUAGGCCAGAUCACGAUGAUGAUGAUGAGGGAGAAGAAGAGGGGGAAGAUGCAGAUGACACCCGUCGAAGCAGCUUUUCGACCGAGCAGACGAGUGACAGCGAUGUCGAUGAUUCGCCGUCGAGGCGCUUAAGCCCUGGUUCAGAAGACGACUUAGGUGCUCCUGCGCCCAGAUGGCAACCCCCUCCUUCGACAGUGCCCGCCUUUGUGCGAAACAACACGGUGACUUUGCAAAAUAAAGACUUGCCGCCGCUUCCGAUCGAGGAGUCACCAGCGGCCCUCAAGAAAAAGAGAAGGUCGAAGGCCAAGCCGCCGAAACCGCCAACGCUUGAGGUGAUCCCGGACAUGGUACCCCUCUUCGUCGAGAUGAUUCGACCACUCUUGAGACCGGCGAGGACAGCAAGCGCCACCUCGAUUCUGAGCCCUAUCUCCACGUCCAACCCUGCUGCAGGCUCAAGCUCAGACUCAGUCUCGGUGAAUGAGACGGUGACCUCUCCAGCAUCUUUCGGAGGAAUGAAUUCGCCACGUCAGGCCCACGAGGACCCUGCGAAUGACGCGAGACCGCCGGGCUCAUGGGGCUGGUGAUGACAGUGUCCCUCUUCCUUUCCCCCAUCCUCAUUGCGUAUGCAUCUGGGAGUUUGCCACUGAGCAAUCAGAUCAAAAAGUGCACAUUGUGAUACCACUCGUGAUCCGCCUUCUAGAAAAUCGGGCUCAGAGAUCGCGACGUUGAAUUCUCCUACGACGAAGGAGGAGACUGGCGAAUAUUCUGCAAGGAGCGACGCAUGUAGCACAAUUGGUAGGCUCGGCACAAGAGAACAUCUUGCAGCUUGGCCGGGCGGACCGAGUCGUCAUUUGCGAUAUACCACAAAUUUCGCCAACGGCUGUAGCAAUAGUAAUGGCCCGUGUUGAGCUUGCCUUCGUGCACGACGACGGUAAAGAGAUCGUAUAGGUACGAGUCCGGGUCCACCGCCAUCGUCGACGGUGAGGGCGCCGAGCCAUCUUCGUCAAGUC